AUGGUUUCUGGAUCUAAACGCGAAAUCGGCGUGAGGCGAAGACUUCUCCUUGUUUCCACCGAAGAGCAGAUGAUAUCUGGUGAAGUUUGGCCUGGAAUCGAAGUGGUGUCCCUUGAUGGUUAGCACUUCUCUGAUGUUCUCCAGGCCAUUAACGACCACGCAGGGCACAGAUCCCAUCCUGAGCUUGAUCACCUGGCAGUCGUGGUCCCUAACAAGAUACCGAAAGAUUCGUCGGUGGACUUCGAUGUCCUCUCCACUUCGUCGUCGGACGUUUACACGAAGAUGUACGUGGAAUUACAGAGGAACGAGUGCACCUCAGAGGCACAGGCAUCGGAUAUUAAAUCCACGCCAGAGUCCAUCCCAGAAGUGGAGAACGAAGAUGACUGCAACUGGCUGUCAUACUACGACUGCAGCGCGAUCUUCGACGUGACCUGUGAAAAUCUGUCGUAUUACAACUCGACCAAAGCCGAGAAGGAUAGUGACAGCGACUUGGACGACACCUUGAACUUCGACGACGCCGAAGAAGGCGAAGCUUUGCUCCUGGACGAGAACGACUGCUGUUCCAAUUCUUAUUGUCAACGGUCGUUCGAAGAGGUCUAUGGCAGGAAGCUCGACAAGCUAGAUCGAUUCGCGGACGACGAUCCUGUGAUUUCUGACAAGAUUUGCACGACCGAAAUAAUAAGUCACGCUCGACCGAGCAUCUCCGAGUACGUACCCGUAGAGACUUUGACAGACGGGGAUGAGAAUCAAGAUAAAAGCAUUCCUUUUCGCGACUCGGAGAAUCAAACUGUCGAUGACCAACGUGACAGAGAUGUCAUUAGAGGUGACGAAGAAUUAGAGAAGCCUCGGGAUAGCGAAGUAUCGAACCAAGACGGUGUCAACGUUGCUCCGAGUAGAGUAACGAUCGAAGAAACGACAGAGGAGUUGAAGAUGUCGGAGAAUGUGGAUUUCUCGAGCGAUUCAGAGGAAGAAAACGAGGAAAAUUUAGUAUACUCCUCGCCCAACGUGAACAUCUCCGCCUACUUCAAGUUCAGGGACAGUAUGAGGGAGCCAAAGUUCGAGGCCACUUUGGACGAGCCAAAUUUGACAGUUUCUAGCAAAGAGUCGUUAACUCUGGAGGAAAUCGUGAAAGAGCCUGUAGAAACGGACAAGAAAAUAACGACGACAGAUGCACAGGAGCAAUGCUCACGAGAAACGAGGCUGGAAGAGGAUCCAACGAGGGAUAUCUCAGAAAAUACGUGCUCGGAUCAAGGAAAAGAAUCGAAGCUCGUCGAGCCGAGCUCUCCGGAAGAGUACCUGGAGAAAUUGGCGGAAAUCACGGAAUCCGAUUGCCCGAGGACCGAGGAAGAGGCUCGAGAGACGCUGAAGAAGAUCGCUGAGGGCAAGGCAGAGAUAGAGAACAGGAAGAACGAAGCGCUGAAGGAUCUGUCAGCGGAAUUUAACGAGAUCGAGAAGCUCGUCGCAGAGACGAAGCCUGUCGAGGGCUACAAAAGCGAAUCCGACGAAAGCCUGGACGAGGCGAAGGAAAAGGUCGAAGGUAUCGCGAUGCCACUGACGAAGGAUCAGGUGACUGAGAGUUUCAAACUCAAGACUACUCGAAAGGACGCGCAAGACGAGGAGAGACGUCGAGCAGAGCUGCUGCAGGAGUGUCUUCAGAUCAUACCUAAGAGCCCAGAAGCAGAGGAAGAGGAAGCUAUUCGGGACGAGGCUGGGUCGAAGGUUGAACAAAGUUUGACAGAGGUUAGGGAGAAAAUGCAGUUUGACACCGGUGCCGUUGACGGGUCACAGGCUUCGAAAGAGGAUAUCGACGAGGAGCCAGCAAACAAGGAAACGGUCAAAGGAAUAGUUCAAAGUAUCAUAGACGACACGGAGGACUCGAUUUUUUGGCAAUUAGGCAAAGAACCGGAGAGAACGUACAUCAAGGGAAAGGUUUACGACUUCGACGAGAAGAAACAUGGCGUCAGAAUGACCGAACAGCUUUUGAAGAAGCACUGCAAGGAGAACAAACUUUAUCAGACGCCCUACCUGAACGACGUGCUGUAUCUUCAUUACAAAGGUUUCUCUUUCAUCGAGAACCUGGAGAAGUAUACGGGCCUGAAGUGCCUGUGGCUGGAGAACAACGGGAUCCGGGAGAUCGCGAAUCUGGAGAAUCAGAGCGAGCUGAAGUGCCUGUACCUUCAGAGCAAUUUGAUCAGCAAAAUCGAGAACCUCGGGUACCAGACGAAGCUCGACACUCUGAACCUCUCGCACAACAUGAUACGAAGGAUUGAGAAUCUCGAUAGCCUCAAGUUCCUGAAUACUCUAAACCUGUCGCACAACUACUUACAAGAUACCGCUGACAUUGAGCAUCUCCGAUUGCUGGACAGCCUCUCGGUACUGGAUAUUUCUCACAACAGGAUAGACAGCGACGAAGUCGUUAAUAUCCUGGGUGACAUGAGAGAACUACGCGUGGUGACCCUGAUGGGAAACCCUGUCCUGAGGAUGAUCAGGCUGUAUCGUAAGACUAUGAUAUUGAAAUGUAAAAACCUCAGGUACCUGGAUGACAGACCUGUGUUUCCGAGAGACCGCGCCUGUGCCGAAGCUUGGAUGCGAGGAGGACCCGAAGAAGAAGCAGCUGAGAGGAAACGCUGGAUCGAGGCGGAGCAGAAGAAAAUCAAUGAUAGCGUGCAAGCCCUGAUAAACAAAAGGAAGCUGUGCAAACCGGUCGGGACGUCCGAAAAGGAGGCGGAGGAUAAGAAGAAGACGAAGGAGGACGAAGAAGUAGCCACGACCACGCUUGUCUGCACGAGCAGCGAACUGCUCAAGCUGGAGAAGAAGAAAAAGUCGGGCACCUCAUCCUCCAACAGUUCCUCCGCGUCCUCGUCAUCGGACGAAGAGGUGGAGAACGCCGAGGAGGAUGAUGGAACGGGGCAAAAAGGAAUCGAGAAAAGUGACGGAAGGAGGCCAAUGGCGGAGGAAGGAAGAAAAGCCUGCGGCGAUAUUGGCAAGGAAAUUUUGUUUCCCUGGAAAACCGAGGCGUCGUCGUGCAAGGAGCCAAAACGGUUGGUAGAAGUGAUAGAAGGGUCGAAGGAAUACCUGUCAGAGGACGCAGGAGGGAAGAUGACCGGGAAGAAAAUUUUGGACGAGAGACGAAAUGACGACGGUCCACUAGGUAGCUGUGCUCUGGCCCAUUACGAGAAACUUGUCCCGGAGACGACCAACGAGACCGAAAUUACUCUACCUUGCUGCAAGCAGGGGAAGAACGAUACUGAAGGAACGUCCAAAAGUUCCCUGGAUUCUGUCAACAUUUUUGACAGGACUGACGCGGAGAAGAAUAAGGAAGGGAACAUCGCGAGCGCCGUCAACGAUCAAGCUUCUCGUAAAGAUAUUUUGGAUAAUUACCGAAGAAGAGACGAUCCGCAUCCUUUGAGCAGUCAGCUGAGCAGCAUCAGAGAGGACAUGAAGGAGUUCUGCGCUGACAUGGACAAAUUCGUGGAGGAUAACAACAUCGUCUUCAAGAAUGCCGAUAUAAGCCUUGAAAAGGAAGAGAAAGAUCUGUCUACGAAGGAGCACAACUUCAAAUGGUGGAAUACCAGGGAGAGGAAAUUGAAGGUGCAAGGGAUCAUGAAGAUGAGAGAAGAAAUGCAAAGAAUGGAGAUCACUGACGACGCUGGAGAAAAAGUUGCAGACAAAGCAGAAGCAGAAGGAAAGAAGGAAGUGUCAUCUCCGCAAGGUGUUUAUGAUUUAUUAAAUCUGAAAACGUGUCCUAAUAUUCUGCUGAAGAGUGUGAGAACUUAUCCUGAAAACGAAGAUGCUUCCAUGUUAUGCGAGUCGAGUAAAAACGAAGGUAACCAAGAACGCCUCUCAGGUGUGUACAAGUAUCUGUUUAACGAGAUGGAAAAUAGAAAUGAGACUGAUAAAAGAUUCGAGAAGAAGUCGAUUAGUUCCCAUGAAUUGCUGCAUCUGGAAAAAAUUGAGGAAGCUGAAGAAGGUAUAGCACGAUCUUCGAGUUGUGUCGAUAUGACUCUCUCGGACAGUGAUACUGCAAAAUUGGUCAACGAGGACAAAUCUGUUCGCAUAGAAAUAUUAGAAGCAAGUCCUAACAUCGAACCUGUCAACUCUGUUGAAGAUAACGAAUUGGACGAAUCUCUAAAGAUUAAUAAUUACGCGAUUGAUAAUAAUAAUAUGGGCGAAGGAAUCAAAGAAGAAGCAGAUGAAACUUCAAAUGUCCCGGAAGAAAAUAAUUUCGGUGAAAACCAAAUAGGUGACAGUCAAAGAACUGUCAAAGUGCGGAAUGAUAGCAACGAAACGCAGUCAUCGGAGACCCAAUCCGCAACCUCUAUGGAAUUACCUUCGCACAUGGAAAAGUCGAUCCACUCUACGAAAUCGCAAAAAAGAUCGCGUGAUGGGAAAUCUCAGGACACGGCCAGGAAGAAAUCCCAUUUAAUCGAAGAAAUGGACGCCGAGAAAGACAGAGGCGAUCGAGAGACAGGCAAUAAGCUGACCGAGAAAUGCAGACGGCACUUCAUGGAAGAGGCAAAGAAAUUCGUGAAAAAGGAAUCGCCCCUGAUCGACAAGUGCAUAGAGAACCUGCUGACGAAUAGGAAUCCCGAGGGAAAAUGGAAUCUAAACCGCGGUCAAGAGGAUUUCUUAGCUUGUGCAUCCUUCAGUCCCUUCUUUGAUAAAACUGUAGAGGACUCGGAGCAGAUGGUCUCGUCACCUGGACGAUCUCAAGUGAAAUCGAAAGAGAUUGACACCCAAGACGAUGCCAAAGCUAAUCGAGAGACAAAGGAUUCCUAUCUGUGCUCUCUUCAACGAUCAGACAUGGAGUCAAUCGUGGAGCUUCUGAAGGAACCCCAGACCCCGGAAAGAUCGUCUAUGAAAAUGUGUAAGGAUCUGUACAAAGAAUUCUGCGAGCACGUGGAACAAGAGAACAGCAAAAGGAAGCUGCUGAUCGAGCCAGACUUCAUGAAGAGGGUAGCUGAAGAGGAAAAGAAACCUGACGUUCUAUCGUCAAGGGAGACGAAACAGUCGAACGAGGUAGAAACAAAAUCGUUGAUCGAGGUGGUGUCAGAGGAUUCGACGAAUGUAAACGAGCUGGGAGAAUUCGAAGGAUCACCGGUUGAUCCCGAAGACCCUGCGAUGGACGCAGCGUUGAGAGAGAAGAUAUUGAAAAGCAUAAAUGCCCCGAAAAGCGACGAGCAGAGGGAAAGGGGAAGAAAAUCUGCCGACAAGUUGAUGAAGGUUUCCAGAGAAGCCAUGGCCAAGGGAAAAUCGAUGCUCGAGGAACCUUCCGACAUCUGCAAUCAGAAACGAUGUUUCGACGACAGUAGGGCAUUUUUCAUGAACCUGCUGAAGGAAGAUUCGCAAGACAAGAUGGAGGCUAACGUUGAUCCCCCGAAGAGCAUCGACGAGAAACCCAUAACCACCAUGGAUAAUUCGAAUUUCGUCUCGGAACCUGAAGAACCUACGAAAUUAUCGUCAACGGAGGGUGUCGAUAUCGCCGAUAGCAUAAUUCGGGAUAAUAAAGUCCUCGACACGGAAAAAGAAAAUGGCGGUAGGGCGAGGAAGAGCUUGGAAAUGCAAGUCGUUCAAGGAAAUUGA